AUGGUGCCAACAGCUUUCAAUAUUCCCACGUGGCUUGAAGACCACGCCCACCUCCUCCAGCCCCCAGUGAACAACUACUGCGUCUACCACCCCUCCGCCCCUGCAACUCAGGGAUAUACUGUCAUGAUCCUGGGCGGGCCCAAUAACCGAACUGACUACCAUAUCAACUCAACACCGGAAUUCUUCUACCAAUGUAAAGGUUCUAUCGUCUUGAAGACUGUUGAUACCUCAACCACGCCUCCCACUUUCAGUGAUAUUCCGAUCCACGAGGGAUCACUAUUCCUUCUUCCUGCUAAUACCCCACACUGCCCCGUGCGGUUUGAGAAUACCAUUGGAAUUGUGAUGGAGCAGCCGCGUCUUCCCGGGGCUGAAGAUGAAAUGCGGUGGUAUUGCCGAAAUUGCAGCGAGUUGGUCUGGAGCAAGAGUUUUAUUUGCACCGAUCUAGGGACCCAGAUAAAAGGGGUCAUCGAGGAGUUUCAACAAGACGAGAGGAAAAGGACUUGUGGGAGGUGCGGUACGCGCGCUGAGAUUACUUAUGCUCUGGGGGAAGUCGUGCAGCCACCGUGCUUACCACAGAAGUCAUAG